UGCAGUAAGUAGCUAGCUCAAACCUACAGUGUAUGUUGGUUGCUGGCUUGUUGGUUUUCUUGCUUCCGGUGACCCGACCCGCGUUCAAUAUAAUUAUCGAACGACCGUUUAAAAAAAAAAUGUUUCGAACGACCGUUUGAAAACUGAAAUUGUUGUUUUUUGUAAAUUGAAAUUGAUAGCAAAACGUUGUCAUCAUUUCGAUCGCUAACGUACCCCAUUUUCCCAACUCUGUUUAACCAAAUACUGUUUAACCAAAUAUAGUAACGUUAGCUAGCUAUCUUUACUUUAUGUGAUUUGCUCGACGACAACUUGUAAUCAACGAUAUGCCUAGAAACGCCCGCAAAAAGGACGCUGUCAAACGAGAGAGAAAAGGGAAAGUUGACAUAGAACCAAAGGGAACAGUUACAGUAAUCAACCGAGGACAAGAGAAAGUUCAACGUAAACGGCCAGUAAAACCACCGGUCAAGUCGCCCGUGAAGCAGCAAACGAAGCCAGUAAAAAACCCAGGUGGUCGGGGCCUUGGGAAAGCAGGGGCUAGGCGUUUGGGUCAGCUAUUGAAGCGUGCAAUCCAAGAGAAGAAGAAUGUUACAGGAAACGAAAAAGUGCCUUUGCCAACGACCCCAGUUCGUCUCUUCAAGUACCAGGCAGAGGCUGCAUCUGCACCAAAAACCAACGAUGCAAGGCGUGUGGCUACCCGGGUCUCCCAGCUCAUCCUUCGGGUAGUCUCCCAGUGCAAGCACCGGGGUGGCAUCUCCAUGGUGGACCUCAAGCAUGCCCUGGCUGCUGGUGGCUAUGAUGUCACCAAGAACAAUACCCGUGUGAAUUUAGCUGUGAAAGGCCUGGUGAGGAAGGAGACACUGGUGCAGACUACUGAAGCUGGUGCAUCUGGGUCAUUUAAACUCAACAAGAUGUUUCUCUCUCGUCUCCUGUUCUAAAAACUACAGAAACUGACGUAUGAGAAGAGAGUUAAGACAAGAGCCAUGAGAGACCGUGCAGCAGCCAAGAGAGCCAAGCAGAGAGAAUGUGCAGCAGCUCAGAGAACCAAGCAGAAAAAAGGAAUUUUGAAGCCAGCAGCAGAGAAAGGAAAGGCCUUGAAACCAACAGGAAAAGGCCAGAAACCAGGAACAAAAGCUGUGAAACCAGCAGGAAAAACUCUGAAACCAGGAGCAAAAACAGCUAAACCAGCAGGCAAGGACAAAACUGUUGUAGGAAAAGGUCAAAGGGAAAUAGGAGUAAGACCAAAACAAGUAGGCAAAAGCCACAAACCAGCAGGACAAGCAUCAAAAUCACCAGCCAAGGUCCAAAAAACAGGCUACAAAGCCCCUAAACCUGCAGGAAAGUCCUUGAAAGCAGCCAAUCAGAAAACCCGCAAAAUGGUUGUAACCCCCAUUACAAAGCCACGGAUAUAGUGACCUGGGGUUGCUAAAAGACGUGCUUCCUUGUGGAAAUGGACUGAGUAUGGACUAAAAGAGUAAUAUGUCAGUAGUAGAUUUGUCAAAUUACCUUAGCCUUACAACAGUAUGAUUGACAAAAUAUAACAUUGUAUUGGUUUUUAUUACAUUGUUACUCACAAAUUACAUGUACACUACCGUUCAAAGGUUUGGGGUCAAAUAGAAAUGUCCUUGUUUAAAAAAUAAAAUUAAAAAAUGUGUCCAUUAAAAUAACAUC